AUGUUGCAUGCCUGCAGUGUGUUUGUCACAAGGCGAUUGCCGUCGUGGCCGAGUAGUCGGAGACUCGCUGCUGGAGGAGAGCCCGAAGCCACAUCAGGCGGCGGCGCUUACACAUCAUUCUGCGAGGCCUUGUACGAGUGUCAAGAAUCUCAACAGAGUACUGUCGUUGUGACAGAGAGGCUUGCAGAGUCUACUCUGCGGCAUCCGCCUCUGCCUAUUUUAGGGGAACACCAAAGCAUAUUGUCUGAAAGGGCAGCGAAUUCUGUUUUCGAAAGGCUGGACUCAACAGAGGAGCCAGCGCAAGAAGAUGAGAAGAGGGGAGCCAAGUCAGAUCUAGGUUCUGGAGGGCACGGUAAACAGCUGGAGGAGGUCCAGCUGAGCCAGACAUUGAACUCAGGUCCCUGGCUCGGGGCGAACUUUGAAGACUUUGCAACGCGUGCCCCAAAACGUCACGGGAGUGCGUCAAGCAGUAAGACAAAACGCCUCAAAGCUAGCAACUUUCAGAGUGAUUCAAAUAUCCCACCUCAAAGCACAUCGGCAUUAUCUUAUAAGGCACUGCGGGGCCUGGGUGGCGCUUUGGGGGGCGUAGAGCAGCAGCAAAAUGCACCAGAAUUUUUCUUAGGUGAGAGUCUGGAUAGCACUUUGAGUUGCCAUCACGCCGUCGGUGGAGGUUGGGGGUUAGCAGACCCCAUUUUACAAGUGCCAAGCACUAGCGAACUUUGUAACAAUUUCGGCCAAUUAGGGAAUGAAAACGCGCGCGACGUUCUUGAAGGAGUCGAGCGACUGCCAGGCCGAAGUGCUGGAGUGUCGCCAGAAGACCCUUCUUCCGCGAAAUUUGAGAAUUUUGCCUUAUUUUAUCCGAAGGACGAUGCCACAGCUGUACAGGAGUGGAUACGAGACGUCAACCACCACAUGGGAGGCAAUGGUGAAUUUUGCCGAAGCCUGGCUGGAGACAUUGAACGAUUGCCAUUGCCUGUAGUGUUACCAGGAGUCUCUUCUUCUGGCAUGGAAGCGGGGAAUGCCCCCGCGUCAUAUUCUCUGGAGGACGAUUCGAGUGCCCUACAGCAGUGGUUACAAGAAGUCACGGAUCACAUGAGUGAGACUAGCGAUUUUCGCAGCUGUCUCGGUCAGCCAGGCGAUGGCAACUCGCUUGGAGCUCCUGGAGAAGCCGAGCGAUUGCCAUUUCCAGGAAAUUUCCUGUUGGCGGAGGGCUCUUCUGUUGUUCCAGAAGAGAGUGACGUUUUCGAAUCGUUUACUGCGGCAGGGGAUGCGGGAGCCGCCCAGGAGUGGUUACAAGGCCCCAGUUCACUCACACAAAGAACAAGCGGAUUUCACAGCAAUCUGCAACAGACAGUAAUCGGCCACCCAAGUGAUUCUUCAAUAAUAGCCAAUGCGCCGAUAUUCCCACGAAGUACUGAAGAGUUUCGACUUGCACCUAGUCUCCAAGCACAAGUGUUUGAUGGCGCUUCAAAAGAUGCAGGCACAACGCUUUAUUCAAGCGACGAAGAAGCACUGGACGCAUACAUUGAAGAGCUGCAGAUGUCUGGCGAAUUUGAAGACAUCAUACCUAAGAGAAGUGUCUCUCGUGACGACCCACGGCCUUUUGCUCGCCGUUGGUUGCAGGCCGACGACGAUUUAUACGGCAAGCCUGGACAGUCUUCAACGAUGACUUCUGGCAUUUCUGGAGGGAGUGCUAUAGUAGCUGCACUGCAACGAAGGGAAAGCAUGGACAACCACCCUUUUUACCGUCUACCUGCUAAAUCACCACCACCCGGUAACAGAGUUUUCAGUUUGGUUUUGGCUUUAACAUACAAUCAAAUAAAAAGCAGGCCCUUUCGACUUCUCGCUCUUGUGAAGGACCUUCUGAAGCAGGAUUCGCUAAAUGAUAGCAGCCAGGAUGCUCUUAUAGAGGCAGCCGAACGGCUGUAUGGGUACUCGCAAAAUAACAUGCCUGUUACGGCGCCGCGAAAAUGGCCAUAUUAUUAUGUCGAAAUACUGGGAACCAUCUUCCUUCUAGUAGACGCGCUGUUCUGCGCAGCUGAAGUACUUGGAUCAAAUGCAAAGAAAGAGCUGUGGUGGCCACACCUAAUAAACCGCGUGAAUGAUGCAGUUGGCGCCUUUAGGGCGGAACGCUGGCUGUAUUUCGGCAAGCAGCGAAAAAACAUUGAGCUUGCCAAAGCAUUAGCCAGCGCUCUUGACGUAUACAAAAAUGGUAGGCGGCCUUCGGCAUACACGGUGGUCAAUUUAAAGCGGUGCCUUCUGUGCGACCCCGCCAACGUGAAGUUCAGGAGCACGUCGUGGAAAUCUUGGAGAGCAGAUGACUUGGAAUGGAUCUCUUCUGCACAGCGGCGGCUGCUGAAGCGGCUUUAG